AUUCUCUCUAUUUAUUUAUUUGCGUAUAGGCUUCUUACCUGGUGUGAAUUCCUGAAUGUGGAAAACACCUGGCAGUAGUAGUACCCAGCUUUGCAGUUAAUUACUAGAUUUGCUUUUCAGCAAUACUGUUGCACUUUCUAGCUGGCCUUUUUUUAAACACUUCUACACACUUGUAAAGAACUAUUUCCUGAACCUGGUACAGCACUUUUAUUAAUGAUAAAAGUUCUAAGUUACAUUAACUCAAUUGCUAAGCUGUUACCCACGCUUAAUCAGGUGGUAGUUUGGUAGUAUCACAGUGAAAUGCAGAUUGUUCAACUGAGUGAAGCUGGUGUAAGAAAUCAUGGACUUUGGAAUCAGACUUCCUCAGUCUGGGUAUACCACUUUUCCACUUUCUGGGAGGUUCUUAAGGUGUCGACCUAUUUAAAUAGAAAUUAUAAAAUCAGAAACCUGCGAUGUGAACAUGAGUCUCUUAAAACAGUCACAAGUCUCGUGUUGAUGAACCCAUAGAAGGGUCCCCUAGAAGAAAUAGCACAUACGUAGUUUUCUGUCUCACCAGGAGGGUUUAAGACGUGUCAGGGCCCCUUGGUUUAUUUCUAGUGCAUUCCCAGGUGAGGCAGAUGCUGCUGGCUGAGGACUGCCCUUUGGAAGCCACUGCAAUAUUUAAAUAGACUGUACCACUACUUGAGUCACAAAGUCCCAUCGCACCCCUGGGAGCUUAAGCGUCAAGACAACGGCUCUGGGGUUAGGCCUAGGCCACCUGGCGGCAGCAUUUGCCUACAGUUAAGGCCUGGGCUUAACUACCGUAAAGGACUAAAACUCUUUAAAUGGGAACCAAAUGACAAAUCUGGUGUUAUCCAAAUCACCAUCUACACCUCAGUCUAAAAGUGUUUGAGGUGUAUAUAGAAGGUGAUUUGGAUAAUACUUAAGUAUUUUAAUUUUCUGGGCUGCCAAACAGUGGCAGAAAGAAGUGACUCAAGUGGCUACAGCACGGUUAUAAAUAGGUGGGAAUAACCUUUAUAGGUGCUUACGAGGAAAGAAAAAGAUGGAUGUGAGGGGAGGGGCGCGAGACGAACGGCAAGCUAGUAAAGAACCAUCCUAGCCGGCGUCCGCCAUGGUGUGCGGGGGAAGGCAGUCACCGGAACGCAGAGAUGCGCUUCCGGGGUGGGGCCUGCCGCCCGAAAGCACGCUCACCUCCGUUGCGCCUGCGCCCUGGCCUGCCAGGAUUCUGUUAACGGUGGUGGCGGCUUGUUGGGAUACGCUGAGUGAUGGGAGAGCGUGCUCUUUAACUUCGGAGGGAGAUGCACUCUCGUGUUGCCGUCAGGGCCUGCCAUAAGGUCUGCAGGUGCCUGUUGUCUGGAUUUGGGGGUCGAGUAGAUGCGGGGCAGCCGGAGCUGUUGACGGAAAGGAGUAGCCCCCAAGGAGGACACCUGAGGUCGCACGCGGAGCUCGAGGGGAACCGCGAGCACCCAGAAGCCCCCGGGUCUGGAGAGGGAAGCGAGGAGCUGUUAGAGAUCUGUCAGAGAAGGCAUUUCCUAAGUGGAAGCAAGCAGCAGCUUAGCCGGGAUUCUCUUCUGAGUGGGUGCCACCCCGGCUUUGGACCCUUGGGCGUAGAGUUGCGGAAGAACCUCGCCGCAGAAUGGUGGACCUCGGUGGUGGUGUUCAGGGAGCAGGUAUUCCCGGUGGACGCUCUCCACCACGAACCAGGCCCUUUGCUACCCGGGGACAGUGCCUUCAGGUUCGUUUCUGCAGAAACUCUACGCGAAAUCUUGCAAGACAAAGAGCUGAGUAAGGAACAGCUAGUAGCAUUUCUUGAGAACGUAUUAAAAACUUCUGGGAAACUACGGGAGAACCUUCUUCACGGUGCCUUGGAACACUAUGUUAAUUGCCUGGAUCUGGUAAACAAGAGGCUACCUUAUGGCCUUGCUCAGAUUGGAGUGUGUUUUCAUCCUGUUUUUGACACUAAGCAGAUACCAAAUGGUGUUAAAAGAAUUGGUGAGAAGACUGAAGCUUCAUUAGUAUGGUUUAGUCCUGCGAGAACUUCAAACCAAUGGCUUGAUUUCUGGUUACGUCAUCGACUCCAGUGGUGGAGAAAGUUUGCCAUGAGUCCAUCUAACUUCAGCAGCAGUGACUGUCAGGAUGAAGAAGGCAGGAAAGGAAACAAACUUUACUACAGUUUUCCCUGGGGAAAGGAGCCGAUAGAAACCCUGUGGAACCUAGGAGAUCAAGAACUUUUACACAUGUAUCCUGGCAACGUAUCUAAAUUACAUGGCCGAGAUGGACGAAAAAAUGUGGUUCCUUGUGUGCUGUCUGUAAAUGGGGAUCUAGACCGAGGCAUGCUGGCCUACCUCUAUGAUGCUCUCCAGCUGACGGAGAACUCCUUUACAAGAAAGAAAAAUCUUCAUAGAAAGGUACUUAAACUUCACCCUUGUUUAGCCCCUAUUAAGGUUGCUUUGGAUGUAGGAAGAGGCCCCACAUUGGAACUAAGACAGGUUUGUCAAGGGCUGUUUAAUGAGUUACUAGAAAAUGGAAUUUCUGUGUGGCCUGGUUAUUUGGAAACUAUGCAGUCCUCAUUGGAACAACUUUAUUCAAAGUAUGAUGAAAUGAGUAUCCUCUUCACAGUUUUGAUCACUGAAACUACUUUGGAGAAUGGAUUAAUACAUCUGAGAAGCAGAGACACGACAAUGAAGGAAAUGAUGCAUAUAUCCAAAUUAAAAGACUUUUUGAUUAAGUAUAUAUCAUCUGCUAAGAAUGUAUAGAUUUUUAUAUUUGUAUAAUAAAUAUUCUUCUUUCCUAA